AUGGCCUCCCUCCUGCCCAUCAUCGACGACAUCCUCCCCAUGAUCCUGCCCUCUUCCAUUUCCGUCACCAGAAAAACCGAUAUAAUCCCCCCAAUACCCCCGGUCAUCGGGACCGCCGACGGAAAAAGUCAUCGAGUGCGCGUUUACAGCCGGGAUGCAGUGGUUAAUAAGUUGGAUAAGGUUUGCUCAACGGUCCUCAUCCUCUCCCCCAACUCCUACUCCACCGUGCGCCACUACGGCGAACAAGACGCCAUCAUCUACGUCGCCUCGGGCAGCGGCGUGCUGCUGACAGCGCCCAAAGACGAAGUGGAAGGCAGCGAACCGGAACGGCAUGAGCUUGGCCAGGGUGACUUUGCUGCCGUCCCGGCUUGGACUGAACACCAGGUUUUGAACGAGUCGGCGGAGCAGGAUGCGCAUUGGGUGAUUAUUCGCAGUGGGGGUCAUCCGGUUGAGGUGCAUCUUAAGGGAUGGGGGAGGGGGAAGGCUGAGUAUCCGCCUUCGAGGGCCUGA